AUGAAGACUUUUGUGUGCAUGUUGGCGCUAGCAAUUGCGUCGUGCGAGGCCGGGUAUGAAACACACGGACUGCCGAGCGGCGGCGGAGGUGACCAUGGUUACGGUGGGGGCCAGGAAGGUUUCGUGCCCAUAAGCGGGGGAGGACAAGAUAUCUCUGGCGGGCAUGGUGGGCAGGAUGUUACCCUGGCUUUGACUCAAGGGUCAGGCCACGACUUCUCAGGGGGCCACGAUGCCGGACAGGGUUUCAACCUGGGCGGCCACGGGGGUGGGUCCUUCGGGGGCGAUUCCUACCUACAAGCCGCCCACGACCUGGGCAGCUCGGGGCACGAGGCCGCGCUGUCUGGUCUGGAAGGCCAUGGAGGCGGCUUUGGUGAUAACGGAUACGGUGGUCACAUUGGCCAGUUAGUUUCCCACGGCAGCUUGAGCGGCAACGGCGGUGAGAUCGGACAUAGUUUCGGUGGCAGCGGAGGCGGCCACGAAGGCAACCUGGGCGGUUACGGAGGCCAAGCCGGCCACGGAGGUGAACAGGGCUUCAUCCUGCAGGACGGCGGCCACGAAUAUGGUGACGAUGGCCACGGUUUGGGAUCCGGCUUCGAUGGCCAUACCCAAUCGUUCGCCGUGGGUGAGCACACAGACGAAGAGCACCCAGUCGCAGUGCCUCUGUACAAGCACGUCACCGUACCAAUCCACAAGCCGAUCCACGUGAACGUACCGAAGCCCAUCCUUGUAGGAGUGCCUCAGCCGUACCCCGUCAAGGUUCCAGUCAACAAACCAGUGGCCGUACCCGUCGAGACCGAAAUAUCGAUUCCAAUCGAGAAGGUUGUGCCGUACCCAGUAGUGAAGCACGUACCUUACCCAGUGGAGAAGCAUGUUCCAAUCAGAGUCGAGAAAACUGUAACAGUCCACGUACCCCAGCCAUACCCCGUGAAGAUCCCCGUAUAUAAGACAAUUCAUCAUAAAGGUCAUCAUCAUUAC